UGGAAGGACUGCAAGGGGGGUUGGGAGAAUUGAUGUUCUCGUCGCAGUCGUCGUCACAAAAUUCCCCACGACCAAGUACAUCCGAGAAGAGGGCGAGAUCGGAUACCGGCAUCAACAAAUUUAAGAAAAUAGAAGUAAGUGAACCCCGAUAAAGAACUUACGAAUCUUGAUAGACCUAUGCUUAUAUUCACUGUUGAUAUGCUAAAUAAUUAGGUAUAAAAUUUAAAAUAAUCCACAAUGACCCUUAUUUUACUAUUUUUUGCAGUCUGAUCUUCCGUUGCAGUUAAAAGUCGAAGAGGACGGAUUACUUUUUUAUAUUAAAGGAGAAGCACAAGUUGCUGGUAACUAAGAAUAAAUAAAUGAACAAGGAUUAGUAAUUUAAUAUGCAUCAUACUUUAUUACCAGGGCACGAAAUGUACUGGGCCCCUGUUCGUGACAGGAGCAAGAGGUUGAAUGGCCAUAUCAUUAUUGGAAUGUCAACUACAUCGGUGAAGGCUGAAGAUCGUGCCCAACUUGUAAGGACGGAAAACCUCGGAGAGUAUAAAUCUGAGGACGACCUUAAUGAUCACUGCGCCAUAAGAUAUUUUCUACAAUCUGGUGAAAUGGAUUAUCUGGCCUCUGAUGUCGAGGUUUUGCCGUUAAGGUCGUCCACUGUUGCCAGCGGUACAAUUGUUAGAAUGGGACUGAGAGCUGCUUUGGAUUCCGUGUGUUCAUUGAGUUCAGCGCCUUCCCUUAUCAAACUUAAACCUUACGCGGAGGAUAUAGUGCAGGCAUUAAGGACUAACGUGCAUCUACAGCCUAUACUCCCAUCUGUGGACGAAUUCAAGAAUGCAAUCCCUUUCUCUAAAUUCCUUGUUGGGACAAUUGCAAGGUAUCACCUUUACUACAGGGGAUCUAAAAGCGAAUAUUAUGUGGGGGAUUCCAAUAAUGGACAGCAACAACCAACCCCUUGGAACAUCGAUCAGGAUUCUUUGUCGGAAGAAGCCAGAGAAGAGUGGAUAACCUGGGAACGCACAAAUAAGUCUACAGGAAGGUCUACAGUCAAGGAUGGUGCAAGCGUGAGACCUACGAAACGUGUCCUUGAAGCUCGUGUCUGGAUGAAAAACAGUAUCAAGAUUGUAAAUACUCUGAAAGUUAAGGACAGGUUACUCAAGCAGACGGUGUAUCAAGCUUGUCCACAACAUGAAAUGGACAUUAAAUACUUCGGCAGAAUUCUGAAGGACGUCUUUCCUGACCUGGAAGGGGACCACAAUUGGUGCUACAUGAAUUUGGCUUGGAUAUCAUGAAGUACUUAAUACGUCCUAGCAAACCGUCACGAAAGGAGAUAACCUUACCAAAAACGGCCAGCUCUUUACUGGUCCAAUUUCACGAAAGGAGAUAACCUUACCAAAAACGGCCAGCUCUUUACUGGUCCAAUUUCACGAAAGGAGAUAACCUUACCAAAACCGGCCCAACGGCCCUUAUAAGGGCCACCAAAUAUUCCAAAGAGCAACGUUAGAUUUAUGUUGUAUUUAAUUCUCUUUUAUUGUGUCUUCCAUUUAGCAAAAACUUGGGCAGUCUCAAUAAGUCGCAAGUAAACGGACCAAAAAAAAACCCCACCCGGCCGAAGCCGGGUGGGGGUGGUUGUAAAGGCGCAGUCUCAAUAAGUCGCAAGUAAACGGACCAAAAAAAACCCUGGGAUCGUUGCUGAUCACAUUGAUAAAAAUUGAACUGUGAUAUUAUGAUUUAGUGUAAUAAAUUCAUCUCUAUUUGUUUCUAUGAAAAUACUGAAUAAAAUGUCGAACCUAACAAACCCUGGAAAUUGGCUAUUGUUUUACAUAUGUAUGUCACUACAUGUCAUAAUAAUUAGGGUAUUAUUAUAUGUACAGAGUGGGCCACUUAUCUCACUUAUAUGGUGAUUUUUUUAGCGUACGUUGAUCAAUUAAAAGUCGUUUUAGAAUCUUGUAGAGCCACUGGCCAGUUAUAUCUCUGAUUUUUUUCACUUCAAAAUAGUCAAAGAUGAAACCAAAUACCUCAAUUGAACUGGAGGUACCCUUGAAGGGCUUUACGAUUUCAAAACUAUGCUACUGUAAGAACUUGAAUACCUAGACACAAGUUUACUCAUACUUGACUUUUAGAAUACGACCCGGGGAAGGUACUAGAAGAGAGUUUAAGAUGGUGGGGUUCCCCCCCACGCCAGAAAUAUUCAGAUCCGUAAGGAAUUGAAAGUCUAAUCUUGUUCUGUCGUAGAUGGAAAAUUGCCCCAUUUUUUCGCAACCUUGUAAAUUAUUAGGGACAAGCAAUCUCGAAAUUGUACUGUUUGUCAGGGCACAUGACAUAAUCUGACAAUGCGUCUUCCCUGUAAAUUCAAAAUUUCAUGACACGCAUAAUUUUACGAGGUUCAUUUUCAUGCGUGUCAAUUAAAA